GAUAAACAAUCGUGUUUGUAGCGGAGAUCCAGUUCUAACCUGCACGUAAUUAGCACUGUGUUUGGGAACCAGCGGAACGACUGUUUUUAUUGGGACGUUUGCUUCAUGGCACCAAUCAGAAACAGCUGCUACGGAUCACUUCCGGUUGAGUUUUGUAACACUGAUAAUAAACUUAUGCAAGUUUACGUGAGGUGUCAACGCCAGCAGAGAGCCGAUGGGUGAGCAGCUUUAACCAGGGUGGCAUCAAAAAGUAGAAGGUUCUGGUGGAACUCUGAUGUCUGAGAUGUCUGGGGUCUGGCGGUCCGUCAGCGAGGCCUUCUGGGCAAUGUGUGCAGCUGACUCCAUGUCCAUGCCGGCCCACUGGUACUACCACAUCCAAGACAUCAAGAGAGACUUUGGGGGCUGGAUAUCUGAUUUCAGUUCACCUGCAGAUAGACACCCAUCCAGCAUCCUCACCCUCUCCAACACCGCUGGCAGUGGUCGGACUGCCUGGAUGACCAGAACCAAACGGGCUGAUGUGGUCGGUGACAUCAUCCUCCAUGAUAAGCUGGACUUGUGGAAGUCUUCCACUGGGUCAGUCCACUAUCACCAAGGUCUUCAGGCAGGGGACAACACGCUGAACGUCCUCUGCUCCCUGCGAGCCGCACAAACGCUUGUCGCUGGACAGUUUGCUGACAUCUCCCAGCCAGAGGCUCGAGCUGCCGUCCUGUCGGACUACGUCCAGUUCCUGACCAGAUCUGGAUCACACGCUGACACCUACGCUGAGUCCUUCCACCGCUCAUUCUUCUCUGACUGGCGAGACAGUAGACCGACGUCCCCCCAUGAGGUUCUAGUGUUUGCAGAGACACGUUCCAAACAAAUGCUGAGCUCUCCGUUUCCUGACAGCCAGCUGGAUGCCAUUGGCUGUCUUCCCAUGAUCCUCCCCUUUGUCCUCCUGUCAGCAUCAGCCAAUGAGAAGCGAGCUGUGUCAGCAGCGGUGGACUUUGUGAAACUCACCCAUCCUCACCCCAAAGUCCCUGGGUUUGUUUCCAUCUACAGCCAAGCGCUGCACGCCGUUGUGGGCGGAGCCAGCAUCCGCCAGCAGGCCGAGGUUGCCCUGAAGGCAUUGGGUACUUGGGACACCUGCCAGAGCUUCAGUCACAAGGCUGCCAGGUUUCCCGAGUGUUCCGAGGAGCGUCUGAAGGUCCAUCAGACCGCUGUGAACCACCUUGGUCUGGCCUGCUACACCAGAGGGGCAUUGUCCAGCUUGUUCUACCUCGCUCACGAGUUCCAUGACGACAUCAGAGGAGGAAUCCUGACCAACACUAACUGUGGAGGUGAGAACUGCAACCGCGGGGCAGCGCUCGGGGCCCUUCUGGGGGCUGGGGCCGCCCAUGCCGGAUUGGGCGUACCUCCAGAGUGGAAGGACAAACUCAGAGAUGCCCAGGAGUUCCUCCCCAACAUCUUGAAGGACGUGCACUGAGAGCCGCCCUGCCCUCUGGAGGACAGGAGGAGAACUUUCAGAAGAGCAUUAAAAUCUACUUCCUCUUUACGGGUGCCUCAUCUCUCCUAAAAUUAGAACAUGAUUUUUAUUAAUGAUGAAUUUAUUUUCUGCACUUCUCACUUUGUAAAUGAAUAAGAAUCAGAAAACCUUUCAAAGAAAUAUUAUUCAAUGUUUUUCUUAUAUAUUACAUUAUUCUUAUUGUCAGGCUGUGCUGUUUUUCGUUAAAGCUUUGAAAUAAAAUAUUCACAUGCUCAGACCAAAGUAAUAACUCGUCUUUUGUGUGUUUAUUAUUUAUGAGUUUGUGAGUUACUGUAGAUGACCAGAACAUUUCAACCAGAUGUUUAUUAUCAGAAUUGUUGAACACAAAUAAACGAGUGUCUUUUAACCUGAAACAGGAAGUCAAA